GUCGCGAUGAGGCGAUUGGCGAGAUGCGUCGUCCUUUUGAUGGUGGCCGGCGGCGGCUUUUGUGCCCGAGCGGUCGCGGAUCACCAGGAAGCGACAACGGACAAAUGCACACACGCCCUGAAGCAGAACUGGACGGAAUUAUCCAACGGCAAGAAGUAUUUCGCCAGCGACGAAUAUGAUAAUGUUGAGUGGAGUGUGGCGAAGGGGGCAUGCGAGAAAAGUGGCAGCGGCCUGGCCUCAAUCGAACGCGAGGAAGAGAUGCAAUUGUUGCUCGACGCCUUCCCGGAAAUCGGAUUCCGUAAGUUUAAUGAGCUUGGCAAUUUUCUAAUCCCUCGGCAGACGCGAGUUAUUGGUUGUCGGCCUCGGACGUGGGGAGACGCGCAGGGGACUUUAGAUGGGGUGGCGGCCCCGACCUGCCCAAGGACAGUCCCUGGUGGAGCCACGACCAGCCAAGCACUUUCCGCCCUGGUAGAGAAACGUGCGUCAUGGUUUUGGCCAACAAACUGCACGACCUGCCCUGUUCGUCCACACACCGCUACCUUUGCCAACUUCCAGCAAAUUGUAAAUCUUCGUGAAAUAUGAAAAAAAAAAAAAUAAUAAAUUACUUUUUAUAA